UCCCCAGAGCGGUGGCUGCGCUAUGGGCAGGAGGAGCCGGCGGGCAGCCGACAGCUCGUCCUCGGGGGAGGAGGAGGAGUAUGUGGUGGAGAAGGUGCUGGACCGGCGCGUGGUGAGGGGCCAGGCCGAGUACCUGCUCAAGUGGAAGGGAUUCUCCGAGGAACACAACACGUGGGAGCCCGAGAAGAACCUGGACUGUCCCGAGCUGAUCUCGCAGUUCCUGCGCAAGGACCGCAGGAUGAGGGACAUGAGGGACAUGAGGGACAGCGAUGGGACACGGCCCCGGGAGCGCCCCGAGGGCGCCAAACGCAAGGGACUGCCCGGCAGCGAGGAUGGGCGUGCCAAGAAAAAGAGAGAG